AUGCAUUCAGAUUUGCCUCAAUCUCCAACAGCUUCGGACCCUGUGCAGCAGGAUGUGAUAAAGGAGAUCGAGAAGUUGAGGAGGUUCUUGGACUACCAGUUCGCGAGGCAGACCACCUAUCUUCAGGAAGUUAGCCUUCAGCUGCAUCGUGUCGGUCGAAACAAAGCUGGUGUUUUCGAAACCAUACCUGAAGAUGAUCUGAGCAGUGUCGUCUCUAAUGACCGCAGCAACGAUGUCGUUGAUCUUGUUCAUGGAGAAGCAUCGGAGACAUCUUUAGGAUCCUUCUUGCCAGACAACUUGGAAGCGAAGGCUUUUCCAGAUCGGACGAGCCACAAACGGAGCACCGACAGUCUGGACAGCAUAGCUACCUUUGUCAGCAGCACGCUCAAAGAGUCUGAAAAGCGGGCCUACAACGUGGCGGAGAAAGUCACAAUUCGCCGGGAGUCUCUCCGCAAGGAGAAAGAAACAUCAUCUUUCUCCAUGAUGGCCGCGCACUUCGUGGAGUCUGCUCUCUUUACCAACAUGGUUACAGCGGUGAUCAUGCUCAAUCUGAUCAUUCUAGGUGUGGAAGUGGACCAGUCUAGAUUCCUUGGCCAAGACGAGAUACCUGUUGUCUUUCCCAUCGUCAACAUUGUAGUCGUUGUCUUUUUCAUUGCAGAGCUUGGUGUCAAGCUCUUGGCUUUUGGCUUCGCGAGCUUCUUUUGUGGACCAGAGCGGUGGUGGAACUUAUUUGAUUUCUUCAUUAUAUUGGUGUCAGUUUUGGAAACGGUCCUCGAAUAUGUGGCGCUGUCCUCGUCCAGUGCCCAGGUCAACCCCAGCCACCUGCGCUUCGUUCGGACUGUGCGCUUAGCCCGGGCACUUCGCGGCAUCCGCGUGAUGCGCCUGCUCAGGUAUGUCAGUUCUUUGCGAGCACUGAUACUCUCGAUAAUGAGCAGCAUGUACAGCCUGUUCUGGACAUUGGUCUUGUUGCUUUUGCUCUUCUAUUCCUUUGGUGUCUUAUUCACGCAGCUGGUCCUGGAUGAUUGCCGCCUAAAGGAGAUAUUGAAGACCAACGAUCGAAAUGCUCUUCCCAUUUGUGAGGAUGAAUAUGCAAACAAGUAUUGGAACAGCGUGAGCGCAAGUAUGCUGACGUUGUUUAUGUCGAUUACCGGUGGCGUGGAUUGGGAGUUUGCUAUGGAGCCGCUGAUGGGGCGCCCUGACCCGCUGGCUGCAAUGUGCCUCAUCAUCUACAUAACCAUAACCUGCUUCGCGAUUGUGAACGUGGUGACGGCGGUUUUUUGUUCCACAGCGAUGGAAAGCGCAGCUGCCGACAAAGACCUGGCCACCAUGAAACAACUUCAAAAGCACUCCUCGCAGGUAAACGACUUGCAAAACCUUUUCCACGACAUCGUGGGCAACCAUGAGGACAACGAGGUGAGCAUUCGGGACUUCAAGGCUGCCCUCUCCUCGCCGAAGUUCGCUGGCUUCCUGGAGUCCAUGAGCAUCUCCACCGAGGAUGUUGGCGUCCUGUUCACUUUCAUGGACACCGACAGGAGUGGCUUGGUCGACCUGGACGAGUUUGUGAACGGAUGCCUCAACUUGCACGGACCGGCCAAGAGCCUCCAGCUUGCGAGAAUGAGCUUCGAGAACAAGCUCACCCGGCGUGAGAUCAAAUCUCUAAAGAUGGCUGUCGGUGAGGUGAGGAGACUGCUGCACAAUGACAAUGCUGGCAAGAAGGAUAUCUUCAUUGUUUGA